AUGCGACUGGUCAUUUUUACAGGUAUCAACCAUCACUUCAAAACUUGGUUAUUCGGGAGUGCACUGUUUCCCAAUGAGACUGACGAAACCUAUAUUUGGGCGUUGAGGAUAGUGAAGGAAAUGUUGGGGGACAUUCCGCUACGUACAGUUGUCAUGGAUGGGGAUAAAGCAAUGAGGAAAGCUAUUGCUAAUGUGUUUCCAUAUGCAACACAUAGGCUAUGUGCAUGGCAUUUGUCCAAGAAUAUCACUGGCAGGGUGAAGAAUCGACCUGACUUUGAACCCCGAUGGAAGAAGUUAGUAACUGCUGAGUUCGAGCCAGAAGAAUUUGAGGAGAAAUGGAAUGCAUUGGUAGAGGAAUGUGAACUCCAGAACAACCAAUGGGUGUCGAAAAAACUAUUUGGGAGACGCAACGAAUGGGCGGACACAUACUUGCGCUCACAUUUCUUUGCUGGGUUGACAACCACAUCAAGAUGUGAAAGCAUAAAUGCGGUUGUUGCAAGACGUUGCUCGAAGAACCGAAAGUCCCUAGACACUCUGCCAGAACCAAGUAAAUUGGGGGAUGAAAGCAGUUUCAGCAUUAGGUACGGGUCGCUACAGUUCAUGUCUCAACGAUUCUGCUUAUUAGGAGCAGACACUCCUCUCUCUUAUAGAAUGGUUCAAGAUGAGUUGACAGCAGUGUGUAACAAGUUGGAGAUGGUAAAGAAAACCCCCUCCGAGAGAGAAAGGAUUGUCUUACCAGACAAGUUCAAAGAAGUAUUGAACCCAAAUCAAGUGAGGUUUAAGGGCUGUAGGAAAGGAAAAAGGAAAAAACAACUUAAGAAAAAAAGAAGAAAGUGUGGGAACUGCGGGCUAAGGGAUGGGCAUUAUAGGAGCACUUGUACUAACCCCCCAGCCGACGUGGUAGAAUCUCAAUAUGAUGAGGAGGAUGACGAUGAUGGGGAUGAUGAUGGGGACGACGGAGAAGAUGGAGACGACGAUGAUGGAGAUGAUGACCAAGGUGGUCAGCCCCCAAAGAAGCAACGAACGAGCAGGCAUAAUACUACUGGAGAGCCCAUAGGAAAACGUCAGCCACAACAGAAGAUCGGGGCACGUACUAGGAGCAAUACUAGUCAACAAGAGAAGGGAGCAGAAAAGGGAGCUAAGAAGUAUACAUGA